AUGUCUUCCCUUAAGGUCUUGCUUGCUCUCGCCUCAACAACAUCUGCCACUAUCCUCUGGGACGGCCGUCUCAACAACUACACAGACGCCUCAUUUCUAGAGUCCUGGUCCUGGUCCAACCAAGUCGGACCCUAUCAAUACUACAUCCACGGUUCCGAAAAUGUCUCCGACUACAUCACUCUCUGCCCAAACGCCAAAAACCCAGCAGACACAUCUUCAGAACAAGGAAUCAUAAUCUCCAUCGAUGAAACCUCAAGCUGGAACGGCCAGAAUAUGAUGCGAACCGAACUCAUCCCAUCAACCAAAGCCCCCAUCAAUAAGGGCAAAGUCUUCUACCACUUCUCUAUUACUCACUCCGAAACGAACCCUCCAACCAAAAACGAAGAACACCAACUUUGUUUCUUCGAGAGCCAUUUUACUGAACUCAAGUACGGAGAGAACAACGGCUCAGUAAACCUUCUCCGCUGGCUCGUUGAUGGACAGACUCAGUGGAAUGCAACCCUUGAGGCAGGCGUUUGGCACAAUGUUGCUUAUGGAAUCGACUUCGAUGCCAAGACUGUUGCAUUCUAUCACUCUACGGGAGAAGGGGCGUUGGAGCUGAUCAAGGGCCCUGUUGCGGCGAAUACGUUCUCUGAUGGAGCGGAUUGGCAUUUGGGUGUUUUGAGGUUGCCUGGAGCUGAUGGACCGAGUCUUGCGAGGGAGAGCUGGCAUUUCUCGGGGGUGUAUAUCGAGGAUGGGGAGUUGACGACGACGUUUGGAGCAGCGAUCUAG